UCACGGUCCUACCCAAGAUGGCCGUCUCAGUUCCGGGAUCCGCAUAUUUGCCACUCUCAACAUGGCGACACAGAAUCGCCGUUCCCUGUGUGAGCCGUGCAAAAGGAAAUGACGCAUCCCAGACACUUCCGCUUUCUUUCUGCCGGAGGAACCGUGGCCACUGGGCAAAGGGGGCGUGCGGUGGAUAUCGACCUUUGUCUCUGCCUCAUAGCUCGUGUAUAGCCCGGUGCCCCGCGAGUGAUGUUGCUGUUGAUGCUGCUGAUGCUGCCCCUCUGCUGGUCCGUGGAGGUCAAGAGGCCCCGGGGCGUCUCCCUCACUAACCAUCACUUCUAUGACAAAUCCAAGCCUUUCACCUGCCUGGACGGCUCGGCCACAAUCCCUUUUGAUCAAGUCAACGAUGACUACUGUGAUUGCAAGGAUGGUUCAGAUGAGCCGGGCACAGCCGCCUGUCCUAAUGGCAACUUCCACUGCACCAACACGGGCUACAAGCCCCUGUAUAUCCCCUCCAGCCGCGUCAAUGAUGGCAUCUGUGACUGCUGCGAUGGGACCGAUGAGUACAACAGUGGCACUGUCUGCGAGAACACCUGCAAAGAGAAGGGCCUCAAAGAGAGAGAGUCCCUGCAGCAGAUGGCAGAGGUCACCCGCGAGGGGUUCCGCCUGAAGAAGAUCCUCGUUGAGGACUGGAAGAAGGCCCGGGAGGAGAAGCAGAAAAAGCUCACCGAGCUACAGGCUGGAAAGAAGUCUCUGGAAGACCAGGUGGAGGCCCUGCGGGCUUUGAAGGAAGAGGCUGAGAAGCCGGAGAAGGAGGCCAAGGAGCAGCACCAGAGGCUGUGGGAAGAGCAGCAGGCCGCUGUCAAGGCCCAGCGCGAGCAGGAGCAGGCGGCUGAUGCCUUCCGGGAGCUGGAUGACAACAUGGACGGGGUGGUCUCGGUGGCCGAGCUGCAGACCCAUCCAGAGCUGGACACAGAUGGCGAUGGGACUGUGUCUGAAGGGGAGGCCCAGGCCCUGCUCGGCGGGGACACACAGACGGAUGCCAGCUCCUUCUACGACCGAGUCUGGGCCAGCAUCAGGGACAAGUACCGGUCCGAGGCACUCCCUGCCGACCUCCCAGCACCUCUGGCCCCGGAGGUGAUGGAGUCCAAGGAGGAGCAGCCCUCGGUGCCGACCCAUCCCACGGAGUACGAGGAAGAGGAGGAGGAGGAAACCGAGGAAGAAGAGGAGGAUGAAGAGCAGGAUUCUGAGGUGCCUGGGGAGCAGCCCAAGGAGGCCCCGUCCCCACUGGAGCCCUCCCAGCCGCCCAGCCCCAGCGAGGAGGACAAGAUGCCACCCUAUGAUGAGCAGACACAGGCCUUCAUUGAUGCUGCCCAGGAGGCCCGCAGCAAGUUCGAGGAGGCUGAGCGGUCCCUGAAGGACAUGGAGGAGUCCAUCAGGAACCUGGAGCAGGAGAUUUCCUUCGACUUUGGCCCCCAAGGGGAGUUCGCCUACCUGUACAGCCAGUGCUACGAGCUCAGCACCAAUGAAUACAUCUACCGGCUCUGCCCCUUUAAACUCGUCUCCCAGAAACCGAAGCUGGGCGGCUCCCCCACCAACCUCGGCACGUGGGGCUCGUGGGCCGGGCCCGAGCACGACAGAUUCAGCGCCAUGAAGUACGAGCAGGGGACCGGCUGCUGGCAGGGCCCCAACCGCUCCACCACCGUGCGCCUGCUGUGCGGGAAGGAGACCGCGGUCACCAGCACCACCGAGCCCAGCCGAUGCGAGUACCUCAUGGAGCUCUCCACGCCGGCCGCCUGCCCGGAGCCGCCCCCUGAGCUCCCGGUGGACAGCGACCACGAUGAGCUGUAGUGCAGCCCGGCCAAGGUGGGCGGGGAGGGGACCUCUCCCUCCGACCUGUCCCCUGGGCCGCCAUCCCUUCCUCUGCAUGGGUGUGUUUGAGACAGGGUCUCCCUGUGUAGUCCAGGCUGGGCUUGAACUCUCAGCCGUCCUCCUGCUGGGGCGUGACACCGCACCACUUCCCCCUCCUCCUGAUACUCCCCUUUUCUCCCACCUGGACUCUCAAGGCGGGGAGGCAGCCCCACAGUGUCGCCUUCCGUCCUCCCUCUGGGGACUGGAAGGACUGAGGCCUGGACUCCUCCGUCCCUCCCCCUCCUCUGCUGAGCAGGACCCCUGGGGGCCUCCAAGCCCUGCUCCUGGGCCCUGGCUGAGCCAUGUUCCCAGGCCCCAGUGGCCUCCAAAGAUGGGAUAAAGGAGCCCCCAUCCCUGGCAGUUCACCCCUGCCCCCCAUGCCACCCCUCCUUCCCUGUCUGGUGGGGGCCAGUGAAUGGCUUCAUCUGUGACAGAACAAUAAAUGUGACUCCACCCCCAAA